CUUAUGCGCAAGUUCUUCCAGGGAAACUUUAAUUCCACGUCAUUAAUUUCUCAAGACCUAGCCAAUCACCUCUGAUACUCAGAGUAUUUAAGUCCUUUGCUCACCUGUCUCUGCUUUUACAGAUACUGACGCAGCAUUGACAACCCACCCUCCCUACCACCACCAUCAGGUAGGCUCCGUCCAUACACCGGGGGAUAGGCUCUUCUAGCCUUCAUCUUCAGGCAGGAACCGCAUGAAUCUGUGAACUGCUUGGAUGAUUACCAGUUUUGGUUUACUGAUUUUACAGAAAAGCAUGGGCUUUAACUUUGCAUUCAUAUCACUAAUCCUACUGUCUCAAGGCUUUCUAACAUCAACAUACAGCUUACAAGUUAAGUGUGAAUACGAGAAUGUUUGUGCAGUGAGGGAGGACAAUGUGACACUGAAGUGCUCUUACUCAAACAUCAACAUCAAAACUGGGUUCUGGUUCAGUCAGAAACAGAAAACAAACUGGAGAAACAAAGAUGAACCUGAAGAUUUGACUUUAGAUUCAGAUUACUCAGGACGAGUGAAACAGCAAAUCACAAACACUGAAUCAAAGCUCACAAUAUCAGAUCUGCGAGAGAGAGACAGUGGAGAAUAUCAGCUCAUGUUCAUUAUGAAGGAUGGAGUUAAACAUCUCAGCUCAGUCACAGUCAAUCUAACAGUCACAGUCCUGCAGGCGAAGAAAGACCAUAAUAAACUUACCUGUGAUACUUCCUGCCCUUUAACCUUUAAACCUCAGCAUAUCUACUGGAAAAAAGAUGGACGAUAUAUAGCAGAAAGUGAAUCUAAACCGUUUUCUUUGUCAUCUGCUGCCUACUCCUGUUUUCUACGUCCAGACUCUAAAAUCUCCUCUGACCCUUUGUGUGUUUCUAACAGUAGCUGUUGGGGUGUGACUUACACCUCUACAAGAGUUUGUGCUUUAGUGGGAUCAACAGUAGAUAUUCACUCUUCAUACUCACAUCCCACUGAAGAUACAGUAGAGAAAACAUACUGGCAUUUACCAAACAAUUAUGAUUUGGAUCUGCGUGAUGUUCAUCAGUUUGCUGGUCGUGUGGAGUAUAUAAACAACACACUGAGAAUCAAAGAUGUCAACAUGAGUGACUCUGGUGAAUAUCGAUUCAGGAUCAUCACUAACACAAACUCUUACUCUAAAUCACCUGGAGUCAUUCUCACUGUUACAGAUACACAGGUGAUAAGCAGUCCAGUCACUGUGUCAGAGAGAGAGAAAGUGAUAUUGAGUUGUUCAACCAAAUGCACUCUGGAUAACAACAUUAGAUACUCGUGGUACAAGAACGGGCGUCUGGUAACAGAUGGAGUCAAACUAUAUAACAAACUGUACCUGGACUCAGUUAGCAGUGAGGAAAUACAAGAGUAUUCAUGUGCUGUAAGAGAUGAAUCAGUGGAAAUCUCAGCGUUUGAGCAUUUUUACAUCUUUCUGAUUGUGUUUGUGGUUCAAAUAUUCAUUAUAGCAGCUAUCUGGGUGUGGUUUUGCCUGAAAAAAUCUUGUCUGAAAAAACAAAUGAAUGACAAAAAUAAAAAGACUCCAACAUCUAUUAUGUUUUCAUGCACAUCUGCUGUCACUCCAACAGAACCGGAUUAUGUGAACUGAAUGAUAAAGUGAUAUCAUAUACAGUGAUAUAAUAAUAAAUGCUUAGUUUGUGUAAUCUGCAUACAAUAAUACUGCGUUAAAAUCUUUUGUUCAGUAAAAUUAUUGAUAAAUUUCGGUAAAAUCAUAAAUAUUUAAGUAUUCCAGAAAUAUUUAUUUAAUGUAAUUAACCUGAGUUUUGUUUCUUAAGAUGUACUUCUUAGAUCUUCUAUAAAUAAACACAUUUUUGUGUAGAAACUGGAUGCUCAGUUUUUUAAGUGAACAAUACACCAUAUUAGAUAUCAAAUGCUUUUCCUCUGGAUGUAAGUACCU